AGAGAAAGUCGGGAUGUAAACAGUGUAACACCAAUGUGAACAUGACUUCAGUAAAAUGCUGUCAAUGACAGAGGACUUCAGACCAAUGGUUUAUAUAUACACAUCAUUGCUUCAGACACGUGAAAAAAAACUAAUAUAACAACAAAUAUGAGGCUUCAUCAGAUACUCCGCAAUGCAGCAAAUUUCAGGACGGUCUUUGACUUCGGCGACAGAGAGGUUGCUCACUGGUUCCCCGGACAUAUGGCCAAAGGUCUGAAACAGAUGAAGGCCAGUGUGAAGAAUGUUGACUGCAUCCUAGAAAUCCACGAUGCCAGAAUCCCGUUCUCAGGUAGAAACCCUCUUUUCAAGGAUAGUCUGGACGUCAGACCUCAUCUCCUUGUGCUGAACAAGAUGGACCUGGCUGACCUGUCUGCCAAGCAUAUGAUUUUGAAACAGCUUGAAAGACAUGGAGUGAAGAACAUCCUGUUCACAGACUGCCUCAGACAGAGAGAUGACAAUGUCAAAAAGCUGGUUCCCAUGGUCACAGAAUUGAUCGAGAGCCAGCCACGCUUCCACCGAGAGGAGAACACCAACUUCUGUCUGAUGGUGAUUGGGGUGCCCAACGUUGGAAAGUCAUCACUCAUCAACGCUCUGAGGAGAACCAACCUCAAGAAAGGUCGGGGGUCAAAGGUAGGAGGGGAACCAGGCAUUACCAAAGCAGUGUUGACUAGAAUACAGGUGUGUGAGAGACCCAUCAUCCAUCUACUAGAUACGCCUGGUGUCCUUCCUCCAAAGAUACAGAGUCUGGAGACGGGCAUGAAGCUAGCCCUAUGUGGAACCAUCCUGGACCAUCUAGUAGGAGAAGACAUCAUGGCAGACUACCUACUGUUCUCUCUCAAUAGACUGGAGAAGUACAGUUACGUGGAGCGGUAUGAUCUCGGGGAGCCUAGUGAUGACAUCCAGCAGGUGUUGAAACGUAUCGCUGUCAAACUGGGAAAGACUCAACGAGUUAAAGCCAUCACUGGAGUGGGUAACAUCACCCUCACAGUACCUAACUACACAGCAGCAGCCUAUGAUUUCAUCAGAUCUUUCAGGAAGGGAGAGCUGGGACGGGUCAUGCUGGACUGACCACAAGCUCUACCACACCACAGACUGACUACAACACAGACUGACCACUACCACAACACAGAUGAUUGGUCUGGCAGGCACACCCUACUCAGACUCAGGAGUCUGGUCUCUCACCAUAGAGCUCUACCGGACAGAGACCUUGUUGGAAACUCAAGAGUGCAGGUAUCCUCUCUACAGUAGACUGGUUUCUUGUCUCUGCUUUCUAGUCUCUGCUCUCUAGUCUCAACCAACACAGAGCAGCUGAUCAGUAAGAAUGCCGACACUGUUGUUUGUACAUAAUGUGUUUAUGUAUCUGUUACAGUGUAAAUGCACACAAUCAUAAUAAAAUGUAUUUUAUGUACAGUA